AUGGACUACUCGCUAGAACACCACCGAGACUACAUCGGCCAGCCGGCGUCGAGUCUGCCGACGCCCUCGCUGGUCGUGAGCUUACCUAUCCUGAAGGAUAAUAUUAAGCGGUUGCACGACGAUGUCGAGGCUAUGGGCAUUGGUUUCCGUGCGCAUGUCAAAACACUCAAGACUUUGGAGGUGUCGAGGUUGAUGCUGGGGAACGGCAAGUACAGGAAAGCAAUCACGUCUACCGUCGCAGAGAUCCGGGGCCUUCUACCGCUCGCAAAGGAAGGCUUGCUGGACGAAGUCCUGUAUGGCCUGCCCGUCAACAGCGGUGCCUUACCGGAGCUUAUCAGGCUCUCGAAGUUUGUCAAGAUACAGCUCUUGAUCGAUCACGAAAAGCAGCUUGAGCUGCUCUCGAAAGCCAUCAGGGAAGCCGACGCACAACGCUCGUGGGAAGUCUUCAUCAAGCUUGACGUCGGGUCGAAGCGUGCCGGCGUCCCCAUCGGGAGCGAUCGCCUAAAGAAGCUUGUACGCCAGACGGACGAAAGCCCUGCCGUUGAGCUUAUCGGCUUCUACUGCCAUGCGGGCCACUCCUACGCAGGGCGCAGCGAGGAAGAAGCGAUCAAGACUCUGCAUGUCGAGGUGUCGGGUGUUUGCGAGGCCCGGCGUCACUCUUCCAGCAACGCGCCCCUCAUCGUGUCUGUGGGAGCAACUCCGACCGCGCACGCCAUCCGCCAGCUCCGCGCGGAACUGCCCGGCGACGUCAAAUUGGAAUUGCAUGCUGGGAACUUCCCCGUGAACGACCAGCAACAAGUCUCGACCAAAAUGGCAACCCUGGAGCAGCAGGCCGCCCGCGUCUGCGCCGAGGUCGUCAGCACGUAUCCCGAGAGGAACGAAGCCCUGGUCAACGCGGGAACCAUCGCGCUGACGAAAGAGGCGAGCGCGUUUGCCGGCUUUGGCGACGUGGUCGGCAAGCCUGGCUGGUUCGUUGCGCGGAUAACGCAGGAGCACGGCAUCGUGACCUACGCCGGGGACGCGCCGAAACCGGUCGAGGAGGUCUUCACGGUUGGAGACAAGGUCUUCUUGCACUGUCAGCAUGUCUGCAUUACGGCUGCUGCGUUCUACGUGUACUAUGUGGUCGAUGAGAACGAUAUAGUUGUAGAUACAUGGGUCCCGUGGAAGGGAUGGUAG